AUGGGGGACUAUAAUGCUAUCCUUCGGACACAGGAUAGACAGCAUGGUACUGAGGUACAAGAUAUAGAAACAAGAGAUUUUAAGGAGUUUUUGCUUGAUACAGGAAUGCAUGAACUACGGUAUGUGGGAAGGAACUAUACAUGGACUAAUAAUCACACUUACAGUAGAAUAGAUAGGGGUCUGGUAAAUGCAGAUUGGAUGAUGAUGAUGCCUAAUAUGAAAGUGCAGGGGAGGAAGAGUAGACCAUUCAGAUUCUUAAAUUGUAUAGCUGACCAUCACCAAUUCCUACAGAAAGUGGAUCAAGCUUGGGAAGAAAGGAGUACUGGUGGUAUGAUGCAACUAGUAUGGAACAAGCUGAAGAGGGUAAAGGAGGUUAUUAAAGAGAUCAACACAAAGCAUUACAAAGGAGUAGAUGAGAGAACAAAAAGAAUCAGGAAGGAGCUCCGGUCAACUCAGGAAGAAAUGAGUUCUAAGCUACAGAGACAAGACCUAAUUGAGAAGGAAAAAACACUAAAGGAUGAUCUAGAAAAAUGGAUACUGAUUGAGGAAAACAUAUAUAGACAAAGAUCAAGAGUGCAAUGGCUAAGGCUGGGAGAUUCAAACUCAGCCUACUUCUUAUGA